AUGGCUGAAGGGAACAUCACUUAUGUCACCGAGUUCAUUCUCAAGGGAAUCACAGACCGGCCUGAGCUUCAGGCCCCAUGCUUUGUGUUGUUCUUAAUCAUCUAUACGGUCACAGUGUUGGGCAACCUGGGGCUGAUUACUGUAAUCAGGUUAGACACCAGGCUCCACACACCUAUGUACUUCUUCCUGAGUCACUUAGCCUUUGUGGAUGUUUGUUACUCCUCUGCUAUCACACCCAAGAUGAUGGUGAAUUUUGUGGUGGAGAAAAACACGAUUCCUUUCUACGCAUGUGCAACUCAGCUGGGCUGUUUUCUCACCUUCAUGAUCACCGAGUGUUUCCUCCUGGCUUCCAUGGCCUACGAUCGGUACGUAGCCAUCUGUAGCCCCUUGCAUUAUACAACACUGAUGUCCCAAACCGUCUGCAUUCGACUCGUGGCAGUUCCUUAUAUCUACAGCUUUCUGGUGGCCCUAUUCCAUACCAUCGUUACCUUCCGUCUAACCUACUGUGGCCCCAACGUCAUUAAUCAUUUCUAUUGUGAUGACCUUCCUCUGUUGGCGCUGUCCUGCUCAGACACGCACAUCAAAGAAAUUCUGAUCUUUGCCUUUGCUGGUUUCGAUAUGAUCUGUUCUUCUUCCAUUGUUCUCACCUCCUAUGUCUUUAUCAUCGCUGCCAUCCUAAAGAUCCGCUCUAAUCAGGGGCGCCGCAAGGUCAUCUCUACUUGUGGAUCCCAUAUGGUGGCUGUCACAAUUUUCUAUGGCACAUUGAUCUUCAUGUACCUCCAGCCCAAGUCCAACCACUCUCUGGACACAGACAAAAUGGCAUCUGUGUUUUAUACAGUGGUGAUCCCCAUGUUGAACCCCUUGAUCUAUAGCCUAAGGAAUAAAGAGGUCAAAGACGCUUCCAAGAAGGCAUUGGAAAAAGUGACACUGGCAAUGAGGAAUUUGACUCUAUCAUUUCUCUCUGCACAACAUGAAACAAAAAAUUUUUCUAUUCUAAAAAAACACGAGCUCACAAUAAUAUAUGCACACCUAUGUUCAUCGCAACACUAA